AUGGACAAUGCCCUUGUCAACGCCCUUCCAGAAGAAUUACUGGACCGCAUCCUCUCCGAAACCAAUCCGCAAACACUCACAUGUCUGGCCCAAGUGUCUCGCAAAUUCCACCGGCUCGCUGCGUCCCGCCUGCGCUACGCCAGCCACACGCACCACAGCAACGAAGACCACCACCACUUCCGCCAGCUACUCAGCACGCUCAUCCGCCGCCCCGACCUGGCUGCCCACAUGGAGCUUGUCGACAUCGACGACAUGCAGUGGGAGGAGACCCCGCCCGUGGACCCUUACGAAGGCCAUUUUCCGGACCCUGUCCCGCCCACGGACCUGGCUGAUCUGUUCUGCACCGCGGCCCAGAAGCUAGACGUCCCGGACAAAGACGCGUUUCUGACCUACCUGCGGAAAGGCAAGGAAGCGGCCGAGAUGGCGCUGUUUCUGUGGCUGGCGCCCAAUCUCUCAAAGCUGGUCUUGCGCUGGAUGUUCUCGCCCUCCAACCGCAGCAUCUGCAACCUGCUCCACGCGGCCGGCGAGCCCGUCGGUGACUACGAAGACGCAAUACGGCCGCUCUCGCGCCUGCACACCCUCAUCCUGACCGACGAGUCUGACGUGCCCUUCCUCCCCGUCCUCCUCCGCUUCUACUGCCUCCCCUCCCUGCGCGCCGUCCUCGUCGCCGGCAACCCCGUCGCCGCCCCCAACGAAAUUCCCAUAGUUUUCGAGCCCCCAGCAAACACGCGCUCCUUGCCACUUGACCGCGCGGCCUUCACUUACGCCCGUCUCCCCUUCACCACGCUGCGCUACCUCGUCAUCUCGCGCUACAACCUCAAGUCGCUGACGCUGCACUGGGCCGACGCGGGCGCGACCUUCCCCUCCGACGCAGAAGACAUGCUGCACCCGCUCAAAUGGCACGCCAACACGCUGGAGCGGCUCGCCCUCGACACGGGGGGCGCGACGGGCCUGCCCGCCCUGCUCGGCCUGAAGCAGGGGUCCUGGCUCAAGGCGCUGCACAUCUCGGGGCAGCUGCUGACAGGGUACCCGACGUACGGGGGCGCGCGCGGCGACGCUGCCGCAGGCGCCCUGGGGCCCGCGCCGUUCCUGGACCCGGCGCAGCUGCUCCCGGGAAAGACGCUCGAGGUGCUCUCGCUGAGCUCUGGCACCAAGGGCGACGCGGGGUUCGAGCGCUUUUUAGCGGCGCUCGCGACGGCGGGGGCGGGCAAGCGCGAGGAUUUUCCAAGGCUGAGACAGGUCGAGGUGUGGCCGGUGGAUGGGGACGGGUAUUGCGUUAGUAGCGCGUUUUUGGAGGGCUUGAGGGGUGUUUUUGCGAGUUGGGGCGUGCGGCUUAUAACCGUGGGAGAGGAGAGGCAUGCGCUGGACUUUGAGUGGUAUAGGUGUGGGCGCGUUGUCCAGCUGGGGGAGGCGCGGUAG